AUCAUCAAUUGGCUGUUCAAUUAAUCAUCAAUUGGAAUCAGUAGCACAUCUAUCACAAUGCUUCUUUCCGACCAAGAAUUAUUCGAGUUAAACAAAAAGGCUGUGACCCAAGGGUUCAAAAUCAAGCCAAGAAUCAACUAUAACACCGUGGGUGGUGUCAAUGGACCCCUUGUUAUUUUAGACAAUGUUAAAUUCCCAAGAUAUAAUGAAAUUGUCAACUUGACACUUCCUGAUGGAUCAAUUAGACAAGGGCAAGUUUUAGAAGUCAGAGGUACCAAGGCCAUUGUCCAAGUUUUCGAAGGUACAUCCGGUAUCGAUGUCAAAAAGACUAGAGUUGAAUUCACUGGUGAAAAUUUAAAGAUUCCAGUUUCCGAAGAUAUGUUGGGUAGAAUCUUUGACGGUUCCGGUAGACCAAUCGACAAGGGCCCAAAGAUCUUUGCUGAAGACUACUUGGAUAUUAACGGUUCUCCAAUCAACCCAUUUGCUCGUAUUUAUCCUGAAGAAAUGAUUUCCACUGGUGUUUCCGCCAUUGAUACCAUGAACUCCAUUGCUAGAGGACAAAAGAUUCCUAUUUUCUCUGCUUCUGGUUUACCACAUAAUGAAAUUGCUGCUCAAAUUUGUAGACAAGCCGGGUUGGUUAGACCAACCAAGGAUGUCCAUGAUGGUCAUGAAGAAAACUUCUCGAUUGUUUUCGCCGCCAUGGGGGUCAAUUUGGAAACUUCUAGAUUCUUCAAGCAAGAUUUCGAAGAAAAUGGAUCUUUGGAAAGAACUACCUUAUUCUUGAACUUGGCUAAUGAUCCUACUAUUGAAAGAAUUAUUACUCCUCGUUUAGCAUUAACCACCGCCGAAUACUUGGCUUACCAAACCGAAAGACACGUGUUGACUAUUUUAACCGAUAUGUCUUCUUAUGCCGAUGCCUUGAGAGAAGUUUCUGCCGCCAGAGAAGAAGUCCCAGGUAGAAGAGGUUACCCAGGUUAUAUGUAUACCGAUUUGUCCACCAUUUAUGAACGUGCCGGUAGAGUUGAAGGUAGAAACGGUUCUAUUACCCAAGUUCCAAUUUUGACCAUGCCUAAUGAUGAUAUUACCCAUCCAAUUCCUGAUUUGACCGGUUAUAUUACUGAAGGUCAAAUCUCCAUUGAUCGUCAAUUACACAAUCGUGGUAUUUACCCACCUAUCAAUGUCUUACCUUCCUUGUCUCGUUUGAUGAAGUCCGCUAUCGGUGAAGGUAUGACCAGAAAGGACCACGGUGAUGUUUCUAAUCAAUUGUACGCCAAGUAUGCCAUUGGUAGAGAUGCUGCUGCCAUGAAGGCCGUUGUCGGUGAAGAAGCCUUAUCUACUGAAGAUAAAUUGUCUUUGGAAUUCUUGGAAAAGUUUGAAAAGAACUUUAUCAGUCAAGGUGCUUAUGAAAACAGAACUAUUUUCGAAUCCUUGGAUCUUGCAUGGUCUUUGUUAAGAAUCUAUCCAAAGGAAAUGUUGAAUAGAAUUAGUCCAAAGAUUUUGGAAGAAUUUUACGACAGAGACAGAGGUCAAGAUGAUGACGACGAAGAUGAUGAAGAAGAUCCAGAUAAGUCUAAGGAUUUGAUUGACGCUUAGAUUAUUGUGUUUAGAUUUGCAGAAUAUUUUUUUUUAAUUACUCUUUACGAAGUAAAUAUAAAAUACAUAUUAAACUCUAGUUACUUUGCUUCUUCAAGUUACCAAUGUAAUUAAUGGCAGAACCAGCCUUGAAAAAUUCAACUUGAUCUUUAGACAUGGUGUGUUUAGUUAAAAUUUCAAACGAAGUUCCAUCCUUCUUGGUCACCUUAACCCGUAAGUUCCCACCAUUGUUGCCUUCUUUAGCAAUCAUAUCUGCCAAGUCAAUUGUUGUUAUCAAAUCACCACUGGAGAUACGGUCAUAAUCAGCUUCAUCAGCAAAUGUUAAUGGUAACAUACCUUGUUUCUUCAAGUUAGUUUCAUGAAUUCUGGCAAAUGAUUUAACCAAGAUUAUUGAACCACCCAAGAAUCUUGGGGAUAAUGCAGCAUGUUCUCUAGCAGAACCUUCACCAUAGUUAUGUUCAGCAACGACAAUCCAAGGACGACCUUCUUCCUUCCAUUUGAUCAUUAAUUCAGGAAUACCAUAGGCAUCGCCAUUCAAAUCAUAUGCUUUGUUCACUUCUCCAGUUUCUUUAUUGACGGCACCAAUCAAGGUGUUAUAAGAGAUGUUUUCUAAAUGACCCUUGUAUUUCAACCAGGCACCAGCAGCGGAAAUAUGAUCAGUGGUACAUUUACCUUCAACCUUUAACAACACAUUAGUUGAUAAUUCUUCACCUGACCAUGGCUUGAAUGGAUCUAAUAAUUGUAAUCUGUCGGAUUCAGGAGAAACAUUGACUUGAACUUCUGGCUUUGGUUGAGGAUUGGCUUCAGGGUAGAAUUCUUCUCUUCCUCUAAUGAAUCCAUGGGAUGGCAAAUCUUCACCUUGUGGUGGUUGGAAUUUAAACAGUUCACCAUUUUCCAACUUAAUCGAAUCGGUGAUUGGAUUAUAAUUCAUGUCACCAGAGUAAAUCAUGGCAGUGACCAUAUCUGGGGAAGUUAAAAAGUUCAUGGUGUUUCUGUUACCAUCGUUUCUGGCUCUGAAAUUUCUGUUGAAUGAAGUGAAAAUGGCAUUGGUUUCAGUAGAAGUCUUUGGAACGUCGGUUCUAUCCCAUUGACCAAUACAUGGACCACAGGCAUUGGCCAAGACAAUAGCACCAUUCUUUUCAAAUGUGUCAAUUAAUCCAUCUCUUUCAAUAGUAGCUCUGAUUUGUUCAGAACCUGGAGUAACAAAGAAUGGGAUCUUUGGUUUUAAACCAGCAGCUUCGGCUUGCUUGAUGAUGGAAACAGCACGAGACAUAUCUUGAUAAGAAGAAUUGGUACAAGACCCAAUUAAACCAGCAGAAACUUGUUCAGGCCAUCCUUCCUUCUUGGCAGUUUCUCCAAAUUUAGAAAUUGGAGUAGACAAAUCUGGAGUGAAUGGACCAUUAACAUGAGGUUCCAAUUCAGAAAGGUUGAUUUCAACAACUUUAUCAUAUUCAGCACCCUUAUCGGCUUGUAAGAAACCGUAGCUGUUAUUGACUGAAUCAGCAGCUUGGGCAAUUGGACCUCUCUUGGUUUCAAUCAAAUAUCUCUUGUGGGCUUCUUGAUAUGGGAAAGUAGAAGUGGUGGCACCAAUUUCGGCACCCAUAUUACAAAUGGUAGCCAUACCAGUACAUGACAAGGUCUUGACACCUUCACCAAAAUAUUCAACAAUGUAACCAGUACCACCUCUGACGGUUAAUAAACCAGCUAAUUUAGUGAUAACAUCCUUUGGAGAACUCCAACCAGAUAAUUGACCAGUCAAUUUAACCCCCAAAAUCUUUGGAGCUUUCAAUUCCCAUGGAGUUCCAGUUAAUGCAUCAACCGCAUCGGCACCACCUACACCAAUGGCAAUAGCACCUAACCCACCGGCAUUAGGAGUAUGGGAAUCAGUACCCAACAUCAUUAACCCUGGAACAGAGAAGUUUUCCAAGACAAUUUGAUGAAUAAUACCUGAGCCUGGGCCCCAAAAUUGAAUACCAUACUUUUCCCCACAACUUUGCAAGAAAUCAAACACUUCCUUAUUGGUAGCGACUGAUUUUACUAAAUCUUGUUCAGCACCGUCUUUACCGACAAUUAAAUGAUCACAAUGAAUAGAAGCAGGAACAGCAGUGGAACUCAUUCCACAAGUCAUGAAUUGUAAAAGAGCCAUUUGAGCGGAAGCAUCUUGCAUGGCUACUCUGUCAGGAUUCAAUUUCAAAUAUUGUAAUCCUCUGAUAUUGGAAACUUUACCAUUACUUGAAGCAAGGCUUUCUUCAGGGUCUACCAAAUGUGAAUAUAAAAUCUUUUCUGCUAAUGUUAAUGGUUGGUCAUUUCCAAGAAUUUUUCUCACUGCAUCCAAUUUAGAAAUCAAUUUGGAAUAAGGUGGAGUUCUUGAUUGAUAUUCUUGGGGAACUUCGUAUAUUCCACUAGCUUGAGUGGCUAAUGAUCUGCUAGCAGCUCUAGCUGUAAAUAACUGCGGUACUUUAGCUCUUAACAUUUGUAAUUGGUCCUUUUGGAAACUAAAAGUAGAAAAGAAAAUCUGAUCAAAAAUUUUCAAAUAAUUUUUCAUCCAAUAAAUUUCUAAUUAGAUCUGCUUAUUUUUUUUUCCGUUUCUCCAAUUUUUAUUAUCAAGAGCCUCAAUGACUCAAUCGUGAAAAAUUACGCGGCACAUAAAAAAGAACAAAUUCUUAUCGUCACGUGACUUUGCAAAGAAAAAAAGAUGUCUUUAUUUUGACUUGAAUCUAGUAUUAAGCCGAUCUCCUUCAAUCUCAAAUCGCUAGAACGUGUAAAUCUGUUUUCUCAAACCAUCCCCCACAUACUAUACAAGCCCUUUAUAAGCUCGAUUCACCCAUCCACAAUCUCGUAUAUCAUUGUUCUUAGCAUCAAUCUUCCAGUUUGUAUUUGGAUCACUAUAUUUAUCAGCAAUUUCUUCGCCAGCAGGUUUUGAAACACAAAUAUAGUUUCCAUUAGGCAAAGGACAUUUCAACUGCGAGGAUGGGAAUGGACAAGGACAGAAUCUAGGAGACUUGGCACAGACUCCAGUGUCUGGACACAAGUAUUUCUCACAUCUCGUAUUUAAGAGCACAUUUUCGUUGUCUUGUGGUGAUCUGGCCUGCUGACCACCGCCGCCCCCACCACCCUGGUUAAAAUUGAAAAAAUCAAACAUAGCUGAGGCAUAUCCUAACAGUAGGAUGGUUAUUAUUAAUUGAUAUAUCAUUGCUGUUAUUUAGUGUAACUAAAUUCUGUGUAUGCGAU